GUUCCUUUUAGGCUGCAACCAAGCUGUAUGCUUUGAAGACUAAGGUUGUGUAUGAACACUCGUUGAUUAUUCUCGUGGAAUAUCAGUUAUUGCUUCCAGCUAAUCGACCAACCCCCCACGAUCUUCUCGACUGAUCCUACAUCGACCCCACCAACAACUGAGUUGAAUAGUCCACCCGGCCCGGACAGUACAGACACUCGCUUCGAUACACUCCCCUCGCCCCUCCCCAAAACAAAAACCGAAUACCUCGAAGAAACGAAUACCCAAAGACCCUCGAAUAAACGAAUACCCUUUGAACCGAAUACCCAUUGAAAUAAACGAAUACCCGAAUCCCCCCCCCCCCCCCCCCCUCACCGAAAAUGCAAUCCGUGCCCUCCCCCCGCCACCAAACCUUCGACGAGAUCUACGGCCCACCGGAGAACUUCCUGGAGAUCGAAGUGCGCAACCCGCAGACGCACGGCACGUCGCGGAACAUGUACACCUCGUACGAGAUCGUGUGCCGCACCAACAUCCCGGCCUUCAAGCUGAAGCACUCGGUCGUGCGGCGCCGCUACUCGGACUUCGAGUACUUCCGCGACAUCCUGGAGCGCGAGAGCACGCGCGUCACGAUCCCGCCGCUGCCGGGGAAGGUGUUCACGAACCGGUUCAGCGACGACGUGAUCGAGCACCGCCGGGAGGGGCUGCAGCGGUUUUUGCAGAUUGUGGCCGGGCACCCGCUUCUCCAGACGGGGAGUAAGGUUCUUGCUUCUUUUGUUCAAGAUCCGAAUUGGGAUCGGAAUGCGUGGUAAAAUUGGGUGUACGAUCUGUGCAGUGGUUCUUUCUCGUACCUCGGGUUCUAGGGGCUGUGAUUCGGCUUGUGCUUCGGUUGCGUUGACUCUCUGGUUGAUUCGUACUGUUAUUACUGUGUCUGCAGCGCUGGCUUUAGCUAUUUAUUGAUUGUUGAUUCA